AUGGGUUGCUGCGGUGGUGAUAGAGAAAAGUUCGGUGCCUUGACUGCGGAACAGAAGUGGGAAUACAUUAAUCUCGAUGACUUCAAAUCUUCCUCGUGCUGGACACCGUUCGCCUAUGGCUACCUCCUUGUUAUGGGUGUCGUUUCCAUCUCCGUCUAUGGAGUCGAUACCUUUACCGCCAUCCAACUACUCGCGUUCGAUCGAUGGGCCGGACAGAUCAAGCCAGAAAUCCCACUGAACAUCUCACGAUGGAUCUUUGCGGGAUGUAUCAUCCUCUCCUUCAUCCUCCUUGUUUACAGGUGGUGGCGGGCAAUUAGAGUCAUCCAACAAGGUGGAGUGGCUAAAAGUUAUCUCGAUCCAUUGGCGGUUCGAGUACAAUCAGUUAGAUGGGGACAGGGAAGAGGUUGGAAACGAUUCUUGGUGUUUGCCGAGUUGACCAAGAGUCGGAAGGGUGCCGACUACGUUGCGCUGUUCGCCUACUUUUCAUUCGAGGCAUGGUUACGAAUUGUGUUUGCCGAAGGCCCACGACAAGUGAUCAAUGCAAUCACCCUAUACUCAGUGUUGAGGUUGAAGCUGAUUCCAGUUGGCGAGCACGCCCCUGAUGAUGGACACUCUCCCGUUGUCCAGUUCUUUGUCAAUAUCGGCAUCCUAGCAGACUCAAAUCACCUUCAGGCCGUCGUCUUGUUCGGUAUGCUGUGGACACUUGUCAUCUGGGUCAUCUCAGUUAUCAGUCUGAUGGUGUCUGUGGUGCUUUAUCUGCUCUUCCUCUGGCAUCAUAUCCCAAGCCGCGAUGGAGGCCUCACGGGCUAUUGCCGCAACAAGAUCAAUCGAAGGAUGGAGAGGAUCGUGAGAACCAAGGUAGACAAGGCGUUGAGGAAAGAAAACCAACUUCGAGCUCGUCAAGAGGCGCAGGCUGCACGAGAAGGACUCGAUGUCAAGAAGCAGCCUACUCUCCCCAACCUCGGCACCGAUGCAGUCGACUCUUUCCCCGGUCUAUCUCGACAGACGACAAUGACUACUCUGCCUGAAUACACAUCCAGACCAGGAACAGGCAGGAACAGCAACGAAUUACUGCCAACCCUGCCAAAUAUCUCCUCUCGACCCCCAAUGCCGAUGCGCACUGUCACACAUGGUUCGACAGCGUCAUUUGAGAGCUUCACGUCGAAUGCGCCUUUAAUGAACUCCGCAGGAGAAAUGAGCACCUUACCAGACCCAGGGCAGGAUCCCGCUGGUGCUUGGUACGGCAACACAUCAUCCAAUCGAAACCCAGGCAUGUCCCAGUUCUCUCAGCGCUCAUAUAGUCCAGCUCCACCUAGACCAGGAACAGCGCAAGGAAAUCGACAUGAUCCUGGAUCAUAUCAGAUGGAUCCACUCCGGGCACCUGGCAGAGGCAUGUCCAACAGCUCUCUCCCACGAUACAACCCGAAUAGUUCUGGAGGCCUCCCUUACCCAGACGAUCGGAGCUCUACGUCCUCCAAGGCGCCUUCAUGGUCUGGAUCGAACUCCGAACCUGGCGUCGACACGAUGGGACGUCGUCAACCAGCCGCGGUCGGACCUACCUUUCGAAGUAUCUCCGAAGAAAGAGGCCGCAUGUCACCCUUACCUGGGCCGCAAUUUCGGGCGCAAACUCCCGUCAGAGGCCCUGAGAGAUCAUUCACACCAACUGGACCUCCUCCUCGAUCCAUGACGGCAGGUGGUCCACCACCAGUCGACCGGUCAUUCACGCCCAACAGCCUGCCUCCACGGGCCAUGACACCAUCAGGAGGACCAACAUUGCCUCGGCUACAAACCACGUCAGCUUCAGGAUACAUACCAUACUCCGAGGAGCCGCGAUCAAUGACUCCUGCAUCCUCGAUACCACCCAAUGCCACAAUUCGUAGUGUUAAUGAGCCAGCAAGAAGCUAUUCGCCGUUCAGACCGCAGAUGUCUGGACCGCAAGGACGAGCACCACCUCAAAGACAGGGCAGUGCUGUUGACGAUAUUUUGGAUCAUUAUUGA